CACGGAAAGAUGGCGGUGUCCGUGCUGUCCUGGAGGACAGCGGUGUUUUGUAGGAGUUUAAAGGGGAUUUCGUCUUCAAAAGCUGUCAUUCCUGCGCAUUCAUUAUUACAGACAGCGUCUUAUAACCCGAAACCUCUCAGACUGAACCUCCGUGACCCUUAUAUCCCAGACAAAAACAGCGAGAAGACACCGGCGUGGCAGCGGACGGCCCACUAUGAUGGGAAGCUGUUCGGACGGUACGGAUCAGCGUCAGGCAUCGAGCCGGCCUCGCUGUGGCCCAGCCAUGAACAGCUGGACAGGGUCGUGGCAGAGGAGAACGAGUGGCACCCUCCGUUAGAGGUGAUGCUGAAGAACAUCAAUGCCAAGCAGAGGGAGGAAACCGAGAAACGCCUGGCAAAAGAGAAGCUCAUAGCAGCAAAUAUGGCCAAAAUGCCCAAGAUGAUAGCCGACUGGCGCAAAGAGAAGCGCGAUUCCAAACUGAAGCUAAAAGAGGAGAGGUCCCGCCGCGAGAUGCUGCUGGCCGAGGCCAAAGCCCGCUUCGGCUUCGCUGUGGACCCCCGCAGCCCGAAGUUCUUGCAAAUGGUCGCAGAAAUCGAAAAGGAAGAGAAGAAGAAGAGGAAAAUUAUGAAACGCAGAGUGAGAGAGGAGCAGCAGGGAGCGAUGGCUCCUGUCACACCUCCCGCUGCCUCCUCAUAGUCUUGGACUGCGUCACUGUAGACGUAAUUAACUAUGAGACUUUGGUCUAUUUGUGUUUUAAUGACACAAGAAAGCAGUUUAUCCCUUGUUUCAUGUUACCUGAUCACACCAGGAUUAAAGACAAACCAUCCAUUCUUUUCUUAUGUGAAAAAGAACAUGUUGUCCAUACUGGUUUGCUGCUUUGUGCAUAUUUGUUGAUUUUUCAUGACCUGUAUGUAUUUAAC